CCUACAGAUGAAAGGUUUGGUAGUGUCCACAGCAAUGUUGCAACAAUAUGGCUGCCGAAGGUAAAUGUGGCAAAAAGGUCAAACUUGUGGCAAAAAUUUCAGCCUUAUUACAGAAAAAUUCCAACGAUAGACAACCCGACGACAUCAUGUGGUCGAGACUUAGUAUCAUCUUGAUCUUCUUGUGUGGUUUUGUCUUCGCUUUCUUCGUCACAACCAUUCCGGGACCGCAUUUUCUGUGGCUAACGUUUCGGAGGAUUCCUUUGGCCGGUAGUUUGAAUUUCGGCGAAGAGGAGGGGAGUUCACAGCCUGUUAUGAUGCCAACAGGUUUGGAUUUACCUACGGAACAUGGAAAGGCGAGGGCAGACUAUCCACUCACACUACCAGCACAACUACAGUCUAAAUCCACACAGAAAACAGAUACCAGCGGAGAAGUGGCCGCGUCGCUCCACCUAGCAAAGGAGAUGAGAUCGCACGGCAAGCGUGACAAGGCCACCAAGCUGUACCUACAUGCGCUGGCUCUGGAACCUCACAACGUGGAGGUGCUGACAGAGUACGGGGAGUUCCUAGAAGAGGAGCACAACUACAUGGAAGCAGACCACAUGUACACUAAAGCCCUGACUGUUCACCCUGGCCACACACAGGCCCUCACCAACCGCCUGCGUACGCUGCCACAAGUCAUGGAAUACGAGAGACGGUACUUCACGACCAUCGACAAGAAGAGGGACCUCCUCAUCCAAGUCCCUCUCAACAGUGCAGCCCUCCGUCGCAUCAAACAGGAGUCCUACUACUUCUACAUCUACCACACCAACGCCAUCGAGGGCAACACUCUCUCCCUCGGGCAGACCAGGGCUAUACUGGAAACGAGGAUGGCGGUUGGCGGGAAGAGUAUCGUGGAGCACAACGAAGUUAUCGGUAUGGAUGAGGCCAUGAAAUACCUCAACAACACCCUUAUGGAUAGGAUUGGUGCCAUCAGGAUAGAAGACAUCAUGGAGAUACAUCGCAGAGUGUUGGGACACUGUAGCCCGCUGGACGCGGGACACUACCGCAGGACGCAGGUCUACGUCGGCAGGCACAUUCCGCCGCAUCCUAUCGAAGUCGAGAACAAGAUGGUGGAGUUCAACGAGUGGUUGAACUCGGAGGAGGCGCUGAGCUUGCACCCGAUCCAGUACGCCGCCAUCGCGCACUACAAGCUCGUGUUUAUCCACCCGUUCGUGGACGGGAACGGUAGGACAGCGCGGUUACUCAUGAACCUCAUCCUCAUGCAGGCGGGGUUCCCCCCGGUUACGAUAAAGCUAGAGGAAAGACACGAGUAUUACGAAGCAUUGGUCAAAGCGAACGAAGGCGACGUCCGACCUUUCGUGCAAUUUGUGGCCAAAUGCACAGAGAGGACCUUGGACGAGUACCUUUACGCUGUAGAAGAAAACCCCACCAAAGACUGGCCACAUCUAUCUAGUCUUGAUGACGGAAAAGUCAUCAUUAUAAACUGAGGACUCCAUAAGUACAUGGAAAAUCAUUCUUGCCAUUUUCAGUAAUCGGAAGCUCCUCAGUUGAACUGACUUGUGUAUGGAAUAUAUUUAGUGCCAAAUAUCCAAUGCAACAGAGGCUUUUUGUAAAUUCCACUUCUCUAUCUUUUAUCAAGUGAUGAGUACUGUAAAUUCAGCAUUUUUUGUUUGGGGGAGUGCUGAUUUGCAGAUUUCUACAUGGAACAGAUUCUCUUAUGCCAGGGUUAUUGUUCUAGGCACACGAAAGCAAUCUCACUGGCAACCUGGCACAUGUUGAAAAUUGCAAAUCUGUUCCCCCAGCCCGUACCCCCCUCCCACAAGAAAAAAUGCCAGCAUUACUGGUCUUCAAAGUAAGCUGGUUGUAAAAGGGUCAAUGGAAACUUCUCAGUUCUGCCCUUCCAGAAUGUUUUGAAAUCUAGCACUAUUGACUUUAUUUUCUUUCCAAUAGACAUACACUAUACAACAAAGAACAAGGUAACGUCUGUAACGUGUUAAAGGCAAUUCCCUCUUGACAGCUGGAUGAAAAUCAGCGAUUAACUUCUGGACACCAAAAAGUAGUUAUUCAAGCAACUGGAUAUGGUUUUGGAAACGGUCAGACGUUUCGGAUAGUAUCCACUAUCCUUCGUCAGUGACACUGAAGUGAUCUGGAAGAAACAGGUCUUUUAUACCCUAACUAUGAAUGAAGACAGAUGUCCAAUCGGAGACAUUGUAAGACAAGUCAAGCUGAAGACAAUUUGGAUUCCAACAGCAAAACAAAGGUAAGGCAAAGUUGAGCUAAAGACAAUUUAGAUUUCAAUGGGAAACAAAGCUAAGACAGUUGAAAGAACACAGUUUCCAAAAUCAUAUCCAGUUGCUUUAACAACUAAUUUUUGGCGUAUCUCAUUACCUGGAUGUCUAACCUACAUCAACAUAACUUCUGGACAUUUUAUUGACUUUCAAUCCAUCACCCUUCUUCAGUGUCGUAGUAACAGUGAAGUAGAGUGAUGGAUGUCACUCAAAAUAUCUGGAAGUGGAUCUCUGGAUUUUAUCCAGUUGUAAAGAUUGAACUAACCUACAUAAAUAUAAUGACAGUAUGGUGUUGGGAAUUUCAGUCUUGUUUCAGAAUGAAAUGAGUCUGUAUGGGGGGAUCUUGGCAGUGCUUAACUGUAAAUUAAGGAGGGUCAGCAAUGCUUAACAGUAAAUUCAUGAAGACUGUGAACACUUUAGGUCUCACCAAGAUAUUCCCAUUCUUUAAAGAUUUUAAUCCCACCCACUAGUUUGAUUUUUAAGUUCUCCUGUUAAAUGUCUUGAAAUUAAUUGAUUUUUGUUGUUGUUUGAAAAUAUGAAACCAUUACAAUACCAAGUUUUAUUGGUAUUUGGAUAUAUACAUUUUCUGGUUACAAUGAAUAAUGACAACUGUAAAAUAAAUUAUUGUCUUAUUUAUGAAUAUGAAAAGAGCUGUAAUAUAUAUAUAUAUAUAUAUAUAUACCUAUAUGAGUGUAUAUAGCCAACAGAUGUACAUUUAUGGAGAGAGUAUCUAUUUGUAUAUAUUAUAUGUUAUUUGUGUCAUGCACUUACAAGGGUAAUGUAACGUUAAUGUUGAAUAAAGAAUACUAUCUGUGCACUGCAAUGUA